AGCAGUUCCUCAAUGCGCACCUGGAAAAACAAGGAGAAUGCGUUCCCUGGCAGCGCAUCUCCGUGCGUAAAUGGAGAAACAUACAGUAUGUGCCUGUUUUUUUCCCAAUAUGAUGUUUGUUUUGCCACUAACUCAAGCGCUGUCCCAUGAUCCCACUGCUAUAGAUGCGUUAUAGACUUCCUUAUACUCCAUAAUUGUGCCAUGAGUGAUGGCGAUGCCUGCAGAGGUUUACGGUGCCGGUGCGCCGAGCGGCGCUUAUGAGCAGAGCCUGAGCGCGCCGGAGCGCAAUGGUUAUGUGAAAACAUGUGCCAUCCCACUGUGCCGUGACCGAGACUGUGAGACGUGGGUGAGGCCACUGGUGACGAGGAUACGGAGCUCGCAGAGACUCCGGGCUGCGGUGUGUGUGGGCUUGCUCUCCGCGUUUCUGGGCGCGCUGGUCAGAUGCGCAGACUGGAGAGCUGAGGCGAGCAGCAGCAGCAGCAGGAGCAGCAGCAGUGGAGGCAGUGGAGGCAGCGAAGGAGGAGGUGGAGGCUCCAGUGGAGGCUCCGACGGCUCGCAUUCAUCCCCUUCCCUUCACUUCGCGUCAGGCUGCGCAGCGGAGCUGCUCCAAACUUGCUGGAGUGCGCUCUCGCUGCUGUUCGCCCUCGUCUGUGCCUUCUUCUGGGUCGGCGUGUGCCUGCUCCGCUGCGGGCUGCUCGCGCAGACCGCCCUCUUCCUCCUGACCUUGUGCCACCUGGGCGAAGCGGCGGCGUGCUCUCUCCUGGACGGGCCAGAUGAGCGGCUGCUCCCGGUCGGCGCGGCGGCCGUGGUUGUGCUCGUGUGCGCGGCCACCGGCGCACUCAUGGUAGCGCGGCUCGAGCGCGGCGUCUCACUGCUCGUGUUCGUCAGCGUCGCGCGCACCGUCUCGCUGCUGUCGCUGCACAAGGUGCGCGCCGCUUGGAGACCGUACGUGGCCUACCUGGUGGGAGUGCUGGGCAUCCUGCUGGCGAGGUAUGCUGACAGGCUCCUUCCCGAGCAAGGCAGACACGAGGAGGGCUGCACCCCCGCGACCGGAGCCUGCAGGGAAGAGCUGCCUGCGUUUAAAAGGCGCAGGAGGUCCAGUCCUGUGAUCGCCUCAGACAUGGCACACAGUCAGGCCAACAGUAAGUCACAUCGGCGGACCUCUCUGCCAUGCAUCCAGAGGGACCAGAUGCUGCCCCGCUCAGAGUGGGACCACAAGAGGGGCUACCGAGGAUCACAGUCAUCAGGCACGACUGUCAUGGUGGACAUAGCAGUGAUGGGAGAAGCUCACGGACUGAUCACAGACCUGCUGGCUGACCCGUCCCUUCCACCAAACACCUGCACCUCGCUGCGGGCCGUCAGCAACCUGCUAACCACCCAGCUCACCUUCCAGCCUCUGCACCGGCCGCGCCCUGCCCCCUUGCUUAACCCCAGCGACGCCUACUCCUGCUCCGACUCAGAGGAAGGACCCGAGAAAGGAGAGAGGACAUCCAUACACAAGCGUCUCAGACGGAGUCUCCACCCUGCCCUCCUGAGGAGGAUCUCUUCCACGUGGACGACCACCACCUCUGCCACAGGGCUGCCCACCAUUGAGCCUGGACCGGUGCGAAGGGACCGCAGCGCCAGCAUCAAACCCUACCAUGAGACGCUCACUUGCAGCUGUGGGAGACCAUACAUCAAAUUGGGUCAUGGGGAAGGCUCGAUAGACAAGGGAGACAGAAUACCACGAUCAGCAGAGGACCAAGUGGUUGCGUCCUCAGACUAUGACAGCACCUACGAAGCUAACCACAGCGACAGCAGUGAUGUAGCGCACACAGAGGUGGACACAGAGGAAGGGAAAAACCCCUCCCAGAAUGUCAUCCUCCAUGCACUAAUACCUUCUGAGGACAAACCAAUGUUGGCACCAGAGCCAUUAAUAAUGGAGGGCUUGGAACCGUUGAUGAGUCAACUAAACAGUUGGAACUUCCCCGUCUUCAACCUGAUGGAGAAGACAAAUGGGAAAUGUGGACGGAUCCUCAGUCAGGUAUCUUACAGGCUUUUUGAAGAUACUGGCCUGUUUGAGACCUUUAAGAUCCCCGUAAAAGAAUUCAUGAACUACUUCCAUGCCCUUGAGAACGGUUACAGAGACAUACCAUAUCACAACAGGAUUCACGCCACAGAUGUGCUUCAUGCGGUCUGGUACCUCACCACGCAGCCUGUGGCUGGUCUGCCGAGCCUCAUGGCUGAUCACGGCUCCGCCAGUGACUCAGACUCCGACAGUGGAAUAACACACAGUCAUAUGGGCUUCCUGGUUUCAAAGACCUACACUGUGUCAGAGGACGGUUACGGCUGCCUGUCAGGCCUCAUACCUGCUCUGGAGCUCAUGGCUCUUUACGUGGCUGCAGCGAUGCACGACUACGAUCACCCAGGGAGGACAAACGCUUUCCUCGUGGCCACCAGUGCUCCACAGGCAGUGCUCUACAACGACCGUUCAGUCCUGGAAAACCACCACGCUGCCUCGGCCUGGAGCCUCUUCAUGUCACAGCCGGAGUACAACUUCCUCGUCAACCUGGACCACGUGGAGUUCAAGCGUUUCCGUUUCCUGGUCAUUGAGGCCAUUCUGGCCACGGACCUAAAGAAGCACUUUGACUUCCUCGCCGAGUUCAAUGCCAAGGUGGGAGAUGAUCCAUCAACAGGCAUCGACUGGUCCAACGAGAAUGACAGGUUGCUGGUCUGCCAGAUGUGCAUUAAACUGGCCGACAUCAAUGGGCCUCUGAAGUGCAAGGAGCUACAUCUGCAGUGGACGGAGGGAAUCGUCAAUGAGUUCUACGAACAGGGCGAUGAAGAGUCCAGCAUGGGUCUUCCUGUCAGCCCCUUCAUGGAUCGAGCAGCACCACAGCUGGCCAAACUCCAGGAAUCGUUCAUCACACACAUCGUCGGGCCGCUCUGUAACUCCUACGACUCGGCCGGCCUGAUACCCGGACGAUGGGUGGAGCCCAACCCGGAGGAAGAUGAGCCUGAGAUCAUGGAGAAUGAAGAGGAGGAUGAAGAGGACACUGUAGAGGAAGAUGCAUCCACCAGCUCAGAUGCAUCACAGAAAGAAUCCCAGAAGAGGAGGAAAGUAUUUUGUCAGAUCUCACAACAUCUGCUGGACAACCAUGAGAUGUGGAAGAAGGUGAUCGAGGAAGAAGGGCAGAAUAAGAGUCCAGGAUCAGAGUCUGUCCAUUUAAACAAUGUAUCUGAACCAAUUCUGGCUAUUGAUGAGGAAGAAGAGGAGUCUGGCAGCAGAGAGGAGCAGGUAAACGUGGAGAAACUGGAGGAUCCAGGAUUGCCCAUGUCUCUUAGGGAAGACUCGAAACCUCCAGAGGAGCUUGAGGAGGGGGACCCGCAGUGAAACCACGCAUGGGGAAACAUGGCCUCAGUCAGGACAAGGAUGUGAAGAAGUAUUCCUAAUUUUCUUAUCCUAUCAACUGACUCCUAUUUCUGCCAGCACAUCACUUAGACACAACACUGUAGAUGUUUGGGAAAUGCGUGCCUAUACAGAGAAAAAAAAAAACAGGGUGGGAAAUUUUGUGCUUUACACGUUUAAUCUGAUUAUGCGAUUUCACCAAACAUUUAAAUGGGGCUUUUCCUUAUUGCAAUAAAGGAUCUUUCAGUGACUUUGGGAUACAGACUCUUUUGCUACUGUCAAGAGAAGAAGAAAAAAGCAGUUGCACAUGCUUCAACCUAACACGGUAAUGCAGGACUGCAUCAAUUUGCUGCCAGUUUCUACAUAAUUAUUUUCUGAAAGACGUUGAAAUAUAGACAUAACAAUUACUUGUACUUGUGGUUCAGUUUUAGAUUGUUUUGGUUUGUUUUUUUUUCUGGUCUGAACUGGGCCACAGUCUUUUUUUUUUCUAUAAGUGGAUUACAAAGGGAGUGAAUUAAUUAAGGAAUCAUCUUCUUCCUUUCAUGUUAAAUAUUUAUCCCUCACUCAUUGGCUUUAGCAUACAAAAAUCAAUAUUUAUCCAAAUUAUAUGUAACAUUUGUUGCCAAAUGAAGUACUUAAUGCCAUCAUUUGAGGCCAUUUUGGAGAAAAAAGGCACUUGAGGUUCCUCACACUUUGUUUGUGUGUCCAUAUGUGUGUUCCUUUUUCAUUUGUGUUUUCAGUGUGCUCUUAUCCGCAUUUCCACAGCGGUCGACAGAGGUGAAAUCUGCAGAUGAUCUCAAUUACAAAUAACAGGAAACAUGACACUGAAUAUUAUCGUCACCAGACCUACACUUGCAAGCUACAGCCAGAAAAUCUAAGAGCAGGAUUGUUCAUCAAUAAUUACAUCUAGAGAGUCAUACUUGUAGCCUGUUUGGACAAAAUAGUUGAAAAUGUUUUUCCGAUUAUGGCAUUUCUUCAAAAGCUCCUCGAUUUGUGUGUUACAAUGCAAGGAGUAAAUCUAGCUAAU